AUGGAUUCCGCCUCAAUCCCCUCUCGGGAUCCAAGUAAUCAUCAUUUAUUCUCUUCGGGUGAGCAGAGAAUAAUAUCCAAUGAAGGCUACGAAAGUAUCAUGCUGUUUCCAAAAAACAAUUUUAUGGUCAAAGACAUUAUACUGAAAGGCAGAAAUAAUAACAUCAAUGAGACCUCGAGUACAAGUACUACAAUUACUGCGCCUACUAUCAGUAUCAAGUAUGCAUUUGUGUACGGAUCAACCCUACACGGAAAUUGGGUGUACGAUACUCUGUCUCACGAAGUUGACGACGGUCUGACAGUCAGAAUGAAUACCUACCUCGAUAAAUAUGCUUUGAAGGAGCCUGUACUUAUAUUUGAUGAAUCAAGCGUAAAAGAAUGCAACAUUCCUUUAAUAAGUAGUACCGCCCUUGCAAAUUCCCUGAGGGUUCAUGAAGAAGUGGUAAAACACCUUUCGACAGACUUUUACAUUACCCAGUCUCAGAAUAUUGUGCUUAACAUUGGACUCCAAUUCGGGGAUAACGACGGAUACACAUUUAUGGCAAACCAAGAACUAUGCCUUUACUUUCAAGAGGCAGCGGAUCUGCUUGAAAGUUAUCUUAAACAGUUUCCUCGCUUGGCAUUCUUUGUACAAAAACUGAUAUUUAGUGUACCCCGUACUCUGUCAAAACUGUAUAUGAUUGGGUUAAUUCAAAAAGAUAUUAUAAGAAGAGAAGUCCAACGCCUUUCGAAAAUGCAACUCACAUUAAAGAUUAAUGAAAAGGCAAUCGAGCGCACAAAAAAAAUUAACAGUGAAGUUUCCUUGGAAACAGUAGUCUACAAUAUUCCUCAAUCGGCAAUUGUCUCUCUUAAGAAAUUUAAAGAGAUCCACGGUACCAAAGAACUUAUGAUCGGGGACAGAUGUGUUUGUGUUGACAGACGUGAGAAAAACAUCUUCCUUUUUGGUAAGAAAGGAACAGUUGUUGGAAUGCGCAACACCAAAAAGGUCAGGGUCAAGUUUGAUGAAGACCUUUUCAAAGCAAGCAUACAAUCUCAACGUCUACACUUUGCUGGCUAUAAACGUAAAAUAACUCCAAUGCAAAGCUUAUACAAAUCAUCACCAAUGGGUUGCAAAUGUAUUAAAUACCUUGCCAUGUUUUAUAGAGAGCUAAAUGUUACUAAAAAGAAGGACUGUUAUGGUAGAUUCAUUUCGUAUAAUCAUUCGAAAAUGGACCACUUUAGCUUUUUGUAUUUGAAUAUGUUUUUGGCUCUUUCUGGGAGACUUCUCGCUGAAAAUUGGCCAUUGUUUUUGACGCCGAUCCAGGUUGUCAUUUUCAUAAAACCGAUUUGA